GCGAUCAGUUGAGCUUCGUCUUCGUGCAAGCCUUCGCUGCUAUCGUCAUGGCCGAUAAAAACACCGACGCACUUCGGAAAGUCGCUCUUACUACUGGCGAAUUUUCCAAAAAUUUUUUGACGACCGUGGCUGGUGACACUUCGAGUAAUUUGGUCGUAUCCCCGUUGAGUGCUCAAGUUGCGCUCGCCAUGGCUGCCUAUGGAGCUGGCGGCAAGACAGCAACGCAAAUGCGAAAAUCUCUGCUACUUCCGGAAGACAACCAGCUCGGUCAAUCCGGCUACAAGUCUCUGAUCGAAAGAUUGAACGGUGUGAAGGAAGUGGAACUGCGCAUCGCGAAUAAAAUAUAUCCUGCAAAACAGUUCGUGAUAAAAUCUGCGUACAAGGAAUUAACUGCUAGAAAAUUUUUGUCCAGGUGCGAGGAACUGGACUUUCACAAUUCGGAAGCGGCUGCUCGUACCAUAAACUCCUGGUGCGAACAGCAGACUAACAAUCGUAUCAAGGAUGUAAUUGCCAGAGGCAGCCUCCAUCCCAACACAGCUCUGGUUCUCGUGAACGCUGCCUACUUCAAGGGUAGCUGGGCCAAGAGGUUCGAUCCAUCUCUAACUGCGGACAGACCAUUCCAUCUCAAUGAUAAAACUAGCAAAAUCGUUCCUACCAUGUUCUUGAAGCAUACAUUCAGGUUUGGCCACCUUCCCGAAGUCAAUGCAAGGUUCAUCGAACUCCCGUAUCGGGGCAACGAGUUGAGCAUGGUUAUAAUACUGCCCAAAGAAGUGAACGGGCUCAAAGCGGUACGGGAUAAUCUCCACAAAGUGAAUUUGGCAGCGCGGUUAAAGCGGACAGGUCCAAGCCACGUUGAGCUGUCUCUACCAAAGUUCAAAAUCGAAACCACGUUGAACCUCGAGCAGAGUUUGAAAAUUUUGGGAAUGACCGACAUGUUUCAGGACGGGGCUGAUUUUUCUGGCAUCGCCGAUUCUGGACUCAAAAUUAGCAAGGUCGUCCAAAAGACCUUCAUCGAAGUCAACGAGGAGGGUAGCGAGGCGGCUGCUGCUACCGUUAUCGUUGCUAUGCCAAUAAGUCUUGAUGCUCAGCCCCCGCCACCAGAAAGAUUUAUCGUCGAUCGGCCGGUGUAUUAUGCGAUAUACCAUCGAGACUUGGAGGUAACCUUGUUUAAUGGAUUUCUCCACCAACCUUCCGUGUCAUAAGUCAUGAUGAUGUGGGUAUAGCUGUGUAUCUUAAAUAAAUGUUUACAUCAGAUUGAAGUGAAACGAUCAUUUUGGAACUCGAACACCUAUGCGUUGAAAGAAUGAUUAAUUGUGUGAAACCAUUAAGUGGGUACUUGCACGGGUGCAUGGAUGAUGAAUGUCAAUUCUCGUAUUUGAAUGCUGCGCUGGCGAUUUUAUUAUAUUCCUGUUACCGUGCAGCGUUGUGGAAAUAUAGUCAUUAUAAAUGUCGGUUGGACUAACCAUUAGAUUUAUAGCGUGUAAUAGAACUUCACAUAAUGACCCUUAAUUUUUGUAAA